AAAAAUAAUUUCAACGAUUGGUACGACUGCAUAUGAAGGUCAACCGGUGAUCGCGAUCUGUUCAUUGUUAACAAUAAGUUUAACAGGAUUAACAUAAUUACGAAUUUAAUUUUAAAGAAAAAUUGUCAUUUAAGAUCGUCUGUGAUAUUAUAUCUUACCUUUUAAACGCACACAAAACCUAAGAAUCAUGUCGAACCAAUACGACGCUUUAAAAAUGCACGAAAGUUCUGAUAGCGGAGACGAAGAAGGUACAGGUAGUAUUUUCGAUCUUGGCCCAAUACAAUACCCCAACGGCGAACAUAAACUGGAACACCCAUAUUGUUUAUGGUAUUCACAAAGACCAAAUGCAGCUUCGAGAAACACACAAGGUUAUUCAAAUUCGUUAAGAUUAGUUGGACAAAUGGGUACAGUUGAACAAUGGUGGGGCAUUUAUUGUCAUAUGGUUAGAUUACAAGAAUUACCACCUUAUACAGAUUUACAUUUAUUCAAAAAAGGUAUACAGCCUAUGUGGGAAGAUCCCGCAAAUACAAAAGGUGGAAAAUGGGUUAUAAGAUUAAAAAAAGGGUAUCAAUCUGGACGAGCAUGGGAAAAUUUAUGCAUGGCAAUGUUAGGAGAACAAUUUAUGGCAGGUAAUGAAAUAUGUGGAAUAGUCGUUUCUUUGCGUUUUCACGAGGACUUAAUAAGUAUUUGGAAUCGAACGGCAACAGAUCAAAUAAUGACGGCGCGAAUUCGAGAUGCAGUAAAGAGACUUCUUAAUUUACCAUCGAGCGCUGGUCUUGAAUACAAAACACACACGGAUAGUUUGAAAGGUUGGAAAACUACACCGCCGAACCCGGUUAAAAGUUGAUUGAAGAAUUAAAACAAUUUUUCUUUUUUUGAUGACGAACGGAGAAAAUAGUACAUCAUUAUGUUGUUAACUCACACUUGAGAAAGGUCUAUUAUUACGUUUAAAUUACAAAA